AUGUCCAGCUCCCAUUCUGCUUCUGCUUCCCCUGCUUGCAAGAUAUCCAUGUUAUGGAAUUGGUAUACAAUUGACACUUGCUUCAUUGCCAGAUCCUGGCAUGUCAAAUCAAGGGGCAUGUUUGCCGGAUCCUGUAUUGGUGUUUUUUUCCUUGUUUUUGCAUCCCAAUGGCUCCAUAGAUUUUGUCGUGAGUAUGAUUUUGCAAUCAUUAGGCGCAAACAGGUUAACGAUACCAUUUUAGAAUCAUCCAGUGAUUCGCUUCCCAUGUCCAUGGCCCCUACUGAGCAUCCAAUGGUAUAUGCCAUCACUCAUAAAUGGCUUUUGAAAACUCCAGAACCCUCCCAAGUUACUUCUUCGAUUCCUGAGCACUUUAUACGCUCCGUCUUGUUCACUAUUGAAUGGGGGUUAAGCUACAUCAUCAUGUUGCUCUUCAUGUACUACAAUGGCUAUAUCAUCAUCUCAUGUAUAUUGGGAGCUCUCUUUGGUAAACUUGUCUUUACUUAUAAUGAACCUCUUAACCAUUCCGGUUCUGCUGCUGAUAGCGAAGAGCUGGAUCGUAAAUGCUGUAAAUAG